AUGAGCCAUGAAAUAGAUCUGAAUUUGCUCAUUGAUUUUUCAGAAACGGCUGAUAGAGAGCUUAGAACUGCCAUCUCUACCAAGCUUCACGAGGGAAAGACCAAACCUUCCGAUUUCAAAAUUCUAAAAAAACUGGCAAAGGGUGGAUAUGGCGAGGUCUAUGUGGUAGAAAAAGAGUCCAAGAUAUAUGCCAUGAAGAAAGUAGCAAAGCAGCUAGUUAUGAAGAACAAAAAUGCGACAUUUUUCAUGAACGAGAAGGAGAUAAUGACCACCCACGGCCUGGACUGGCUAGUGAAGAGCUAUAUGUGUCUCCAAGAUGAAACACACCUAUUCUACAUCAUGGAGUUUGUGCACGGAGGUGAUCUGCUGGGAUACUUGAGCAGGAAAGACAUAUUAAAAGAAGAGGAAAUUAAGUUCUACGCAGCCGAGGUAUUCACAGCAAUCAACGAAAUGCACAAGGCUGGAUGGAUACACAGAGACUUAAAGCCAGACAAUAUUUUGCUCGACAGAGAAGGGCAUGUGAAGCUAGCAGAUUUUGGCAGCUGUGUUAAGAUGGAAAACGGAAAGGUAAUCUCAAGUAGCACUGUUGGAACACCCGACUAUAUCUCCCCAGAUGUGCUGAGCUCAACAGGCGAGACUGUUGUGUAUGGAUCUGAGUAG